GGUUGCUUGAAGAAAUCCACGAAAUAGAUUACACAUCGUGAAUAAUAACGUGGCAAAUCGCUCAAUAUAUAAGUCCAAUCUUCACCAACUACUUAUAUUUAUUUUCUCUUUCGCAUCGAACUACAUUGCUUGAAAUAUGUGUGGUAUGUUUUGUUAUUUACUUAAAUAAACAAUGUUCUUUAGAAUACUAGGCUUUUUCUUUUUUUAUUAUCAAAAAUGAAACUAAUCUAUUAUCUUUAUCUAAGUUAAUUAGCAAAAAACUAGUAUCUAAUUUUAAUAAAAUUCCCGCUAACUAAUAUUAAUAUAUUAUGAUGCAUAGUAAUAUUAAAUUAAAUAAUUAUAUUUUCGAAUAAAAAUAAUUCUUUUAGUCUGCUUAUUUUCGUCUUGAAUCUUUAUUUUCAAGGAGUUUGCGUUUAGUGAAAUUCUACCACAUUUUCUUAGUUUUCAACCAAAUUUUCAAUUAAAUUGCAUAUUAUUAAUAGUACACAGGUAAUGGGAAGUUGGCAUUGCUUAUAAAAUAUGUAUAUUUAAGUUUUAAACACCAAUUCGUGUCAUUUAAAAGUUAACAGUUCAAAUUGCUAGUUAAACUAGAUAAUAGUAUUUCGAAUUUUUGUUUUAUUAAUUUUCAAUCUACGGAAGGCUUAGUGCCGAUAAAAUUUCUUUGAAAGAGAAGUAGAUUAAAUAUAGGCUUAGUAUUCUGAUUAAGUAAAGAAAAUUUUUUUUUUCAUGCAAUCUUUUCAAUUUAUCAGGGAAGUUUAUUUCCUAUAUAUUUAAUGUUUAAAAAUGAUCCAAGAGAUUUGCAUUCACUGUCGAACUAUGGCCAUGUCAAGUAUAUCUGAGAAGUUUGAAUUAUCAGAUAGUGGCGUGUCAACUUCUGAAGUCUCUGAUGAUGAUGUGCCUAGCAUUGAUUGGAAAGAGGAAUUAUGUGAUAGAUUACUGCAGCCAGUAUAUUAUACUUUUCACAAAGGAGGUAUUUUUGCCUAUUUGAACUGUCUGACACCAAAAAGUAGACAAGAAAUCCUCGACAUCCUCAUUACUGGUUUGAAAAGACUCGAAUAUCGUGGUUAUGACUCAGCUGGGGUGGCUAUUGAUGGAGGAAAUGACGGUGGAAUUCCCAGUUAUCCAAUUAAUCUAAUUAAGAUGUCUGGAAAAGUGCAGAAUUUAGUUGAUGAAAUAGAAAAAUCUAAGCAACAAUUAAACUUCAAUCUCGAGUUUAAAACACAUUGUGGAAUUGCUCAUACACGUUGGGCUACACAUGGUGAACCCAAUUGGGUGAAUACACAUCCGCAAAGAUCAGAUGCUGAAAGUCAAUUUGUUGUUAUCCAUAAUGGCAUCUUGACAAACUACAAAGACAUAAAAGCUUUACUUAUUAAUAAAGGAUAUGAAUUUGAAUCCGAAACUGAUACUGAAACUAUUGCAAAACUUCUUCAUCACAUUUACGAAAUUCAUAAAGGAGAACUUUCUUUCCGCGAACUAGUUGAAAAAACAGUCCAAGAAUUAGAAGGCGCAUUUGCUCUAGCAUUUAAGAGUACCCAUUUUCCAGGCGAAAUUGUCGUUGCAAGAAGAGGUAGUCCUUUGGUUAUUGGUGUCAAAAGUCCUAUGAAAUUGACAACUGAUAGAUUUCCAGUCGUUUUUGGGAAAGAUCAUAGAGGAAGCGGUUAUAUACCCACGCCAUCUGCAAAUCACGAAGAAAUGUCAACCCUGAUGACUAAUAGUAAUGAACAAGUGAUCGAAUAUUUUUUUGCUUCGGAUGCAAGUGCAAUCAUCGAACAUACUGACAAAGUCAUCUUUCUGGAGGAUGAUGAUGUUGCGGCUGUGUCUAAUGGUCAAUUGUCUAUUCAUAGACUCAAGAGGGGAGUUGAUGAUCUGGCUCACAGAAAUAUAACAACCCUUAAGAUGGAACUUCAGGAAAUUAUGAAGGGAAGUUAUCAGACAUUUAUGCAAAAAGAAAUUUUUGAGCAGCCCGAAUCCGUUACGAAUACAAUGAGGGGACGAGUGAAUUUCGAUACUAAUACCGUUCAAUGUGGCGGAAUUUUAUCUUACCUCAAAGAAAUAAAUAGAUGUAGAAGAUUGCUAUUCAUUGCUUGCGGAACUAGCUACCACAGUGCCAUUGCCACUCGUCAAUUACUUGAAGAGCUUACUGAAUUGCCAGUUAUGGUUGACAUCUCCAGUGAUUUUCUAGAUAGGCAAACUCCAGUUUUCAGAGACGAUGUGUGCUUUUUUAUAUCCCAAUCUGGUGAAACCGCUGAUACCUUAAUGGCCUUGAGAUACUGUAAACAGAGAGGUGCAUUAAUCGUAGGCAUAACAAAUACAGUUGGUUCUUCGAUCUGUCGCGAAUCCCAUUGCGGUAUUCACAUAAAUGCUGGACCAGAAAUAGGAGUUGCUAGCACUAAGGCGUACACAUCCCAAUUUAUUUCAUUAGUUAUGUUCGGUUUGAUGAUGUGUGAAGAUAAAAUAUCAAUGCAAGGUAGAAGAGCCGAGAUAAUUAAAGGUUUAAAAAAGCUUCCUGAGCAAAUAAAGCAAGUUCUUGAAUUGGAUAGUGAAGUAGAGAAGAUUGCAAGGGAUGUUUUUGAAAAACAGUCUCUUAUAAUACUUGGUAGAGGAUUUAAUUUCGCAACUUGUCUAGAAGGUGCUCUGAAAGUUAAAGAAUUAACGUAUCUACACGCCGAAGCCAUUCUAGCUGGAGAGUUAAAACACGGGCCUUUAGCUCUAAUUGACGAAAAACAACCUAUCAUUAUGGUCUUAACAAGGGAUCCUAUCUACAAGCAAAGUUUAAAUGCUCUUGAACAAGUGAAAGCUCGUAAGGGAAAACCAAUAUUGAUAUGUAAUGAAGAGGAUGGCAAAGCUAUGCGUAAUACCAACCAAACUUUAAUUAUACCUGAGACUGUUGACUGUCUACAAGGGGUAUUGACAGUUAUUCCUAUGCAACUUCUUUCUCUUCACGUUGCAAAGCUUAAAAAUUGUGAUGUUGACUGCCCUCGUAAUUUGGCUAAAUCUGUGACAGUUCAAUGA